CGACUCGGGGACUCUUAUCGUGCGUUUUUAUUCCCUAGCGACUUCCAUUUCCUUCGAUGCUCUGCAUCGCUCCGAUGGGCUAAAGGGUCUUAUUCAGCCCUCGUCCAAUAGGCCAUUCUUCACUCCCACCUCGUCAUACAAGAUGGAGUCGGCACCCCCAGUGGUCGACGAGUCCACCUGGGAUGAGAUUGAGGCAAACUACUUCGCAUCAAUGCGGGCGCAUCGUGAACAGCAGAGCCGCGCUCUUGAGGAUGAAUACCGCGCAAAGAGCGAUGAGAUCAAGUCGGCGAUGCUUGACAAUUUCCACGCCCAGUCGGAGCUUCUGCGCAAGCUCCAGGCGCUCAAAGACCAGCACGCAGCCAAAGCUGCCGAACUCAAGGAGUUGGAGAGCGAGUUCAAAGCGAUACAAGAUGCACGAGCACGCGAUUAUGCGCGUGAGGAUGAAACCAGACUCGCCUGGUUCAGAAAGUUUCGCCACCCCGAUCUGGCCUAUCGGCCUGCAGAUGCAUCGGAGCAAGACAAGCCUGAUGGAGAGCCGGAUGUAGCUGAGGCCGGUGAAGAUGCCCUCGCGCAUGAGCAAGCAGAGCCAGCUCUGAACGGCGACAGGCCAGCCGAUCGGGAGCCGGUAAACGGUCACGAGAUGGAGGAUGAUGACAUGGAUGGAAUCGAGGUUAUUGGUGGACCGGAGUUUCCCUUGCACAUAAUAGCCUCACAGGCUGAGAAUCCAGCGGACGACACCGAAGUCGCUGAGGCGCCCGCCAUUUCACCAAGAGCUGAGGAACCUCCAAGCAAUGAGGAACCGCACGUCGAACCUGCCAAGGAGAGGGAAGUGACUUCCACGGAGAGCGAACAGAUUUCCAAGGAGAGCGAGGAGAUUUCCAAGGAGAGCGAGGGGAUUUCCAAGGAGAGCGAAGUGAUUUCCAAGGAGAGUGAAGAGAUUUCCAAGGAGAGCGAAGAGAUUCCCAAGGAGAACGAAGAGACUAUACCCGUCGAUGCUUCAGCUGCCAACGGCACUGGUUUGAUCGAAGCCCCUACCAGCACUCUGGAAACGCCAGCAGUGCCAGACUCGCCCUCAUCGUCUCUUUCCUCCGAGCUAAGCUCAAGACACACGACGCCGGUAUUGGACACGCCCGUGUCUCCCGCAAAAGAGUCACCGAUGCUGGCGACUCCCGAGGAGAAUGCCUUUGGUACGGUCGAGGUCUAUAACGACUCAGGAGAGUUGAUAGGACAGUUGCUUCCCAUUGCGAAGAAUAACCCCCUUGUCGAGGCCAUUACGACUCUCCCCGUCAAGCGACCCGUUCAGAUUCGGAAAGGCCGCAAGUUCACCGCUCAAGAUCUCGAGUCAAUCCGACAUCCCCCGGCCGAUGACAAGAGGGGAGCUAAAUGGCUCAGUGUCUACAUUCAGGCAACGGGCGAAGUACAGGGACGACCGUGCCAGGAAUGUUCCACCAAAUAUGGAUUAUUCCAGGAAUGUGUAAUGAUUGAUGACGAGGACUUCCCGCGGUGCGGGAACUGCGAAUGGAACAGGCGUGGCUGUUCCGGCGCCACCUUGAACCCGCCGCCGGGUUCUCGCAGUGGCAAGCAGCCUGCCAAGAAUUCCGCACGCUCGUCCGGCGGAAGUUUUACGGCUGUUAACGCACCAUCCUCAAGCAGAGCAGCCAAAGAGGAAGUGGGCAGUGACGAGGAGGCUAUCCGCGGUAGCACCAAGAAACCGCAACGCAAAGCACUGCCGAGCACGCGGAAAUCGCACGCGCAGACAGAGGCACCAUCCACAUCGGAGCUCCCAAGUCAAUCACCGGAGGAUGACGACGCUCCGAUUCUGCCCGAGAUCAACAAGGAGGUGCUGUGCCUCCGCGAUGAUGGAACCGUGUUUACUGACCCACCCAUGAUGCGUGGAGUACCCCUUGCAAAGAUUAGCCCAGAUCACCCGUACUGGGAGAGCGACUGGGUGCCGCUGGAGGAGAUUGUGGUGCCCCAGAUGCAAAGGUAUCAGGAGAAAUACGAGAGGCUGGAGCAGGAGGGAACAAAGCAUCGGGACAAGCAUCUCGCGAACCGUGAUGCCAAGCGCGGCCGCACUAUUCUCAAGUUCCUCGAAGAAGGGGAGCUACACCCCUACCAGCUCGUUGGCAAGGAGGUGCUGAACCCGAAAAUCACCUGCUACGAAGCGCUGUACCGAAUGGCUCAGCUCCUCAUGGAAGAUUUACCCAAGUUCAAUCUCGACAUUACGCCAUCCCAGUGGCUGCGUCACCGUAUUUACGAGCUCCAUCAGGAGAAAGGCAACAAGUUCAGUCUCUCGCACUGGCUGGAGAAAGCGUACAGCGACCUCAAAGUGGAACAAGGUCGGAGAGUGAAUGGCUUGCCCACGAUUGGGCGUCCGCCGGCUCACCGCAUGUCCAAGGGUGGUGGUGACGGCGAGAGCAGCAAGAAGAAGGGGACGCCGCGGGCCCUGAAGCGAAAAGAGCCGCACUCGACCCCAGAGUCAACACCGCGGCGGACAGAUCAUACAGCCAGCGGCAACAAGGCCCCGACAGGAGCGGCUAACGCAGCCCCAGCGACCGGACAGCAAAAGGGCAAGGGCAAGGCGAAACUAGAAGGCGGACAGCCCCAUUCGGGCGCAAACACGCCCAACAAGAAGCAGCGCCUUACGGUCAAGGCCCAUGGCUCGGCCAGGAGCAGAACUCCCGCGGCGGCCGACCUCGACGAUGGCUAUACGUCGACCGACUCGAUCAGCAAGGACACACUGACGAUAAUCGAUUGGCGUAUCCAGCAGGUCAAGACGCGCGACAUUGCGAGCAAUCCACGUGUGACCCAGUACUGGCACUGGGUGGACGACAAGGGCGAGGGCCUGUUUGAGCACCAGGUCCUGCGCACCGUGAAGCCGCCCACGUGGUCCGUCUUCAAGGACCCAUACGACUUCCACCUCCGCCUCGACGAGAUUGACCGGGCCAUGCACGCAUUGGGCAACGCCAAGGUUGUCAUUGCGCACAAGAAGGGCCCCAACGGGGAGGAUGUCAAUCCCAGGGGUGAUAUCAUGGCCCAGUUCAAGAGGGAGCGGACCAAGCGGAGGUUUUUGUCGUUUCUGAAGCGGUUGGGGGUUAAGUUGGUUGACGUGACGAAUGCGCACAUGGAGGCCAUGUGGAAUUCUCUCGACCCAGAGACCCUCCCUGCUGGCGACUCGGAUUAGAAGUGGGAGCGCCGUGGUUAGCGAGUAUCUACUUACUUAGCGAACACAUGCAAAAGAGGGGGGGCUUGCUGAUUAACUACCUACCUAUACGGGCGCGACUGGCGAUGGCCAUACUACAUAAUACCAGCAGGGAGGGGUGGGUCGAGUUUGAUGUCGAGGGAGAUGGCAUAUAAUAAUAACUCCCUCGGUUACCUACCAGACAUCUGCGUUAGUGGGUACUCAC